AUGGCAUCCCCUCUGAUGAUUCUGCCUCUUCGGCUUCGUCGCAAGUCCCCUCAGAAGAAAGGAAAUCACCGGCCGCCACCGCUGAAGAUAGAGAAGAUAACUCCCUCCGAACCUGCGACAGCCUUCCGUGGCAGCAUGUCGAGUCUGUCGAGUCUGUCGAGUCUGUCGAGUCUGUUGAAUGUAACGAGUCCCAACAAAGAGCUACCAACAAUGCCAGCGCCGAUUGAGGAUCAUUCUGGAACAGCGUCCCCUGCGCACGCCGAAACUAAAGAGAGCCAAAAGCCAAGCCAAUCAGGAGAGUCCAGCAUCAAAGAAAAAGAGAUCUCAGUCGGGGAGAUCGGGGACCCCUCGUCUGCCUCCCCGCUGGAGAAUCGGGAUGCUAUGAUUGACCUGGACUCCCAGGAAUCCGACGAUCCUGAAAUCUCCCCGUUGUCGUCUGGACCGUCCCACCAGCGCUCUGCAUCCCGUUUGACCCGCUUCUUUCCAGAGCUGUCUUCGCACUUUUCGGUCAUCUCCCCGGUCAGCACUGGCUCCAGUGCAAAUUCCAAAAUGGACCGUCCGACGAGGCCGUCCUUUUAUGAACGCGAGCUGGAAGAACGAGUGCAGAACUUAUAUCGCAGCUCGACCGACGCCGCUGUAGAUGAAUUUGUCACUCCACUGGCGACCUCCAACUCCUCAGAGGAGGUCUUGGACUGUGCUUCUUCGUGCUAUAGUCGUCGGACUUCCAUCACCACCGUCGACAGCGAGUUCUGGGGAGAGGACCCACGCUUCCCAUACAAAACAGCAGAUGCUUACUCCGUCUUCUCCCCCGUUGCAGCGGGCGUCUUCGACGAUGCUGCUUCUGCUCCCUCGCGUUCGGCCUCGGUAUCGCCGUCCCGCCUGCAUAGGCCACACCCCUCGCAGCUCCGCCCAGGCCCAAUCAGAAAGGUGUCCAGUGACAGAAACAAGCCAUUGCCACUGGAACCCUCUCCCGGCAGCGUAGCUCCCAAGCGCUACAGCGACUCCCCUCUGUCGGCCUCGCGCGAAUUACAAGACUGGUCAGUCUCGCCGCAGCAUUCCGCCAUCAACGACUGGAAACAUGAGUUACACAAGCAUCCGAAUGAUUACCACCGCCAUUCACGCGGACACAGUCAGCCUCCGCCUCAGCGCCAGCCCCGUGCCCGACGGUCAGAGUUGAUGGUCGCUGGCCAUCGCGCCCGUCAUAUCGCGACUUUAUCGCGCGCCGCCGAGGAAGUCGAAGAUGCCCUCGCAGGCUUGACAGAUAAAGACUGGUCGCAGAAAACGCUGCUUAUCGUCGACGGGCCGCUGCAGAUCAGCCGCAAUAACGGCGACUUGGUCGCUACCCGACCCGCGCCUCUUCCCCCAUCGACGAAACCUCAUUCACAAGCGCGGGCGACCCGAGCGAGCUGGAAGAAAGAUGCUCGGCUCAGCAAGGGCCAAAGUGCGACCAAAGAAAAGAGUUUCCGACUGAGCAUGCGGGAGUCGCGAGAUAAGCUGUUGGCCGAGGCCAAAAUUCACGCGAAGAACUCCAAGGAGGGCAUUUCCAAAAAGGAUAAGAAGAAAUCCUUCCUGGGCUUCACUCGCAAGAACCAAGUCGACGCAAUUAGCACGGGCUCACGGUCGGAGGACUCUCUCCACACCGUUGCAUCUUCACAUUCCGCCGAGCCCCAGGAUCCGGCCCCCACACGCGAGCGCGACAGUCUACUGCUGAAGCUACCCCGUCUACAAACAAACGACCUCAUUAGCACGCCCUUCGACCACGUCGAACAAGUUCCGCUGUCCAGCUCCUCGGGCCCGGAAAUACUGGAAGACGUGGAAAUCGACAAGUCCAUCACAAACAAACUCCGCCAGAGCUGGGCGUUGGUCUCCACGGCACAAGCGAGUAGCAUCAAAAUUCCAGAACAAAUCUAUGAGCUCCCUGCUACGCCGCCGUCGCCGACGUCGGCACUUCGAGCAAAGCAAAUGGUCCAGCCCGUGGAUAUCCCGCUGCCCGUGGACAUGCCAGUGGAUCUGAUCAUGUCGAUUAUGGAACACGUCGACGCGCUUGACGAUCUAUUCAAUCUCGCCCUGGUUAACAAGAAAAUCUACACAGCCUUCAAGCAGCAUGUCCCCGCCCGCCUGGGAACUGCGCGAGAUGAGCCCCCCUGGGAAAUGGAAUGGCAGCUCCUAGUCGAUCCCGACUCCCAAGUCCCCGAAUACACGCCCACUGUCUAUCUACAGCGCUACGCACAGGACAUCUACACACUAGCGAAGCUAAAGGCGCUGGUUUUGGCGCGAUGCGCGCCCUUCCUGCGUCGCGAUACAGUGCGCGGACUGGCGGGCAUAGACACCAAGCGCGCGGAGGAAGUCGACGAUGCUUUCUGGCGGGUUUGGAGUUUCUGUCGGAUUUUCGGAUGUGGGAAGGGACGGGAGAACGAUAUUGCCGGGCAGAUGGAUUGGUUGAAGGGUGGUGUCGAGGCUAGGGGCCAUGUUACCACGGCGUCGAUGACACAGCCAUUUGGUAUGAGUAAUGUCCUCUUUGAGCCGCCUGAGGGGUUCGGACGGGGGAAUCUGUCUGGUCUAUCGCAGAAGCAGAUGUACGAUAUGACCGAGAUCUGGACUUGCAUGGGUGUUUUGUUGCAGCCGUUACAUGGGAAGUGCGUUGAGGCGCGGGAGGUUGGCAUCUUCGAUGGAAUGGAUAUUCCAGAAGGUGAUCUAGUGCGCGAGGAAAAGAUGCUCGAAGAAUGGACCUCCUACAUCCUAACCCUCGGCCUAGGCGCCGUCCUAACCCUCAGCGCCGUCUGUCCAGCGGACACAACACCAGCAACCUUCCAAAAAGCGCAAUCCAUCGGCCUAACAAACUGGGAACUAACCGAAACCGAAGCAACACGCUCCUCCUUCCUCAAAGAAGCCAUUUCCCGCGCCUACGAACUCCAAGAACGAGCCCUCAACUCCCCAGACCUAUCACCGCAACAAUCCCAAACCCCCUCCCCAGUAAAAACAACCGCCCAAAGCCAACGCCAACGCCAAACAAACCUCGCCAACGAACUCCGCACCCGUCGCGCAACAAACCAAAAACCAGAUUCAUCCACCCGCUUCUCCUUCUCCACCGAACGACCAAUGUCCGAAUACAGCGCCAUCGUCCACAGUCUAAACAGUUCCCGUCACCCCUCUUCCAUACCACCAGUCCCAACCCUAGUCCUAGAUCGAUCCUCAACUUCAACAACCGACACAGCACCACGAACACCAACCUAUGAACCCGCAACUGUACCUGUAUCUAUACCAGCCCCGCUUCGACCACAGGUCCUAGACCCAGUCGAUCGUGCAAUCGAUAUGAUAGUCAAUGAGCUCGGGUUUGGAGCUGAGGAUGCGAAGUGGGCGCUUAAGAUUACGGAUACGGGCGAGGGGAUUGAUGCGCCGGCUGCUGUGCAGCUUUUGCAGAGGCAGAGGAGGAAGAAUGAGAGGAAUCCGGGGAAUGAUUUGCUUUCUUCUGUUAUUGAGCGGCAGAAGUCGCUGGAUUCGGGGUGGAGAUGGGCUUGA